AGGAACUAACAGGGAGGCAGGGUUGAAGUGCUGUAUUUGCAUGUUGCAUACACUCAUAGAAAGAACCAGACUUGACAGUAGCUCAUAUGUUUGAAGUCUACUCACUCACAGGCAUGGCUGCUCAUCUCAUCAUUCUUCUUCUCUUCAGUGUGCUCAAAGGAGUUCACAGCAUAACUACAGUCAGUAAAGUAUCAGUGAAAGCUGGAAAAUCUAUCUCCAUCCCAUGUCUCUAUGAGUCCCAAUACAUAAACAAUGUGAAGUACUUGUGUGAAGGAUAUUAUUGGACGUACUGCAGAUAUGCAGUAAAAACAAACAAAGCAGACCCUUCAGGAAAAUAUUCAAUCUCUGAUGACAAAAAAUUGAAAAUUUUUACUGUGACUAUAAACCAGCUGACAAAUGAAAACACUGAUUACUGGUGUGUGGUGGAGAUUAAUAAGGGAGAGGAUUAUAAACAGUAUUUUCAGCUGUCAGUUACCAGAGGUACCCCCAGUCUCUAUGUUGAUCAUCAGAGGAUUACAGGAUAUACUGGCGAAAGCAUAACCAUCAGAUGUCACCACAGUAACUCUGGAGAAAUGAAGUGGUGCAGGCUGGGCAGGAACUGUGUGACAGGAUCAUCUGGAUCCAUAGAUGGUGCAGCAGUGACCACUCAUAUGAGAGACCCAAAUGUUUUCACAGUGACCAUGAGUGGACUAAGGUCAAAGGACAGUGGCUGGUAUUGGUGUGCUGAAGGGGACAUUCAGAUACCAGUAUAUUUAAAACCGAUCACUACCUAUACCCCUACUAAAACUACCAGUCGUACUACCCGCACUCCUACUACUAUUCAUACUGUUGCAACAAUCGAACAAGGGAAAAAUUCUACAGUAGGAGAAAACAAACACAGAGCUUCAUUUGACCCAAGGAUCCUCAUCAUCCUUCUGAGUGUGCUGACCUGGAUUGUAAUUGUGGUGUUGUUCAUCUGGUUUAUACUGAGACACGAGCAGAGGAAAGCAGACUCAUCAGUCACACCAGUGGUGGAAGAGGAAGUAACAUAUUCCAUUGUUGUGUACAUGCAAAAACAACCAUCAGAGGCAUCAUUUGCUGAAAGUGAUGCUGAGAGCAUGUACAGUUCUGUGUUUUACCUUAAAGAAACAAAAGCAGGCAUGGCUGCUCAUCUCAUCGUUCUUUUCCUCUUCAGUGUGCUAAAAGGAGUUCACAGCAUAACUACUGUCAGUAAAGUCUCAGUGAAAGCUGGAAACUCUAUCUCCAUCCCAUGUCUCUAUGACUCACAAUACACAGACCAUGUGAAGUACUUGUGUGAAGGAUAUUUUUGGCCGUCCUGCAGAUAUGCAGUGAAAACAAAUGAAGCAGACCCUUCAGGAAAAUAUUUGAUCUCUGAUGACAAAAAACAGCAAAUUUUCACUGUGACUAUAAACCGUCUGACAAAUCAAAACACUCAUUACUGGUGUGGACUGGAGAAUAGAGCACUAGAUACUAGAGUGUAUUUUCAGCUUUUAGUCACCAAUGGUACUCCAAGUCUCUGUGUUGAUCAUCAGAGGAUUACAGGAUAUAUUGGAGAAAACAUAACCAUCAGAUGUCACCACAGUAACUCUGGAGAAAUGAAGUGGUGCAGGCUGGGCAGGAACUGUGUGACAGGAUCAUCUGGAUCUAUAGAUGGAACAACAGUGACCGCUCAUAUGAGAGACCCAAAUGUUUUCACAGUGACCAUGAGUGGACUAAAGUUAGAGAACAGUGGCUGGUAUUGGUGUGCUAAAGGGGACAUUCAGAUACCAGUAUAUUUAACUGUUACUGAGAACACUACCACUACCCCUACUACUAUCAGUAUUACUUCUCACGCUGUUGCUGGAAAUGGAAAAAUUAGUACAAUGGAGCAAUGGAAUAAUUUUACAAUUGUAGAAAAUAAACAACACAGAGCUUCAUUUCCCCCAAAGAUCCUCAUCAUCCCUCUGAGUGUUUUGAUCGUGAUCGUAAUUGUGGUGCUGUUCAUCUGGUUUAUACUGAGACACAAACAGAGCAAAGCAGAAUCAUCAGCCACAGCAAUUGUUGGAGAGGAAGUAACAUACUCUGAAGUUAGAACCAAGAAAAAAUGUUCACCCAAGGCUGGAGACAAAGUAACAUACUCUGAAGUCAGACCCAAAAAUAAACGUUUACCCAAGAGUUCAUUUGCUGAAAGUGACAUGGAACUCGUGCACAGUUCUGUUGUUGAGAAACAGCGUAAUAAAAGGGCUGAAGGAAAAGAAACAGAAGUUACAUACAGCACAUUAGCUAAUCUCUACUGAAAUGCUUUGACAUUUUGCAAUCUUAACUUUCUCUGUACCUAUGUUACUGGAGUCCUUAUGAGAUAAAUGACAUAAUGUGUUAUCUGAUGUCAUCAACAUGUUAUGUAGUAAAUAUUUUCUUCAUUGUUCAAAUAUUUUGUAAAAAA